AUGGAUAUGAAGGGAUUUUUCAUGGUUGCUAUAGUGUUGUGGUCACUUUCAUAUUAUUGCAAAUCUCAAGAACAACCAAUGCAAUUAUCAAGAGAUGAAGAACUAGAAAUAGAGAACCAACUUGAACGAUUGAACAAGUCAUCCGUCAAGGCUAUAAAAACACAAAAUGGAGAUAUUUAUGAUUGUGUUGAUUUUUACAAACAACCUGCAUUUGAUCAUCCUUUACUAAAGAACCACAAUUAUGAUUUUCAGAUGAUGCCUUCUUCUCGCCCUAAGGUGAUGAUGAAUGAAAACAAGCCCCCAAAUAAUGUGCAACAAGUAUCAAUAAAAAGUGGGUUUAAGGAUAAAAUAUGUCCAUAUGGAACAGUUCCAAUAAAAAGAACAACCAAGCAAGAUCUUAUUAGAACCAAAUUGUUUACAAAGUCCUAUUCUGCAAGAAUUAGUUCCCCCGCACCUGAAAAUGCCAGUUUUCAUCAUGCGAUUGUUCGAACAAAAUCGGAUCCUAACAAGAAGUAUAAUGGAGGUGGAACAAGUGCAAGCUAUUAUACACUAUAUAAUGUCAGUAGCUCACAAUAUACUUCAGGUCGAAUUAAAAUACAAAAUGGAGUCGAUAGCAUUCAAGCUGGUUGGACGGUAAAUCCUACUUUAUAUGGGGAUAGUGAAACUCGAGUUUUCAUAUAUUUUCAAGCUGGUGAAAUAUCUUGUUUUAAUACGAGGUGUCCAGGUUUUGUUUUAACUGGCCCUCGUUCUAUAGAAGAUUCUUAUCUAAAUGAAACUCACCCGGGAAGUUUUCCUGUAAAGGAAUUCAAAAUUUCAAUUUAUAGGGAUCAAGUUUCUGGAAAUUGGUGGCUUGAGUUUUCAGACAUUCAAAUUGGAUAUUGGCCAUCAAUCAUAUUUAGUGACUUGAAAGACCUGGCUACGUACAUUGAAUGGGGAGGAGAAACUUAUAGUCCAAUUGGUCAACCUGGUCCUCCGAUGGGUUCUGGUUUAUUUCUGAAAAAAGAUGCUCGUUAUGAUGCAUAUUGCAGAGCAUUAUCAACUAUUAAUGAGGCCUACAUUCAAGAAGAUGCUAAAAAUACAGAAAAAUAUUCAAUUGAUAUUGACUUUUAUUUAGUUCAAGAUUGGGGAUUUGUACCUGAAUUUCGACAUGUCAUGACAUAUGGGGGCCCUGGCCCUAGAUGAUUUCUCUACAAUGUAUUACAACCAAUAAACUCUUA